UCCGCAGACCCCGCGCGGCCCAGGCCCGGCGCCCCCGGACGGCCGCUCUCCCGGGUCCCGCAGGUGGGGCCCAGGCCUGGGUUACCAUGGAUACCAUGUCCCUGGAGCAUCAGAUCCAGAGUGUGCAACGCCACAUCAGCUUCCUGAAAAAGGAGCAGAUGGCCCUGCUUCGAGACCUGCACCUGGAGAUCCUGAGGCUGCAAAAACGCUGCUCAGAACUGACUCAUGACUUGGAAUUGAGGGAGGUCCAGUCUCACCAGCAAGAGGAAGAGUCCCGGGAGCUGGAGAGCAAGUGCCGCGCGCUGGAGUCGCAGCUGGAGGCCCGGGCGGCGGCCAACGCGGAGCUGCGGCGGGAGGUGGCGCAGCGCGAGGCGCUCGUGUCGGCGCUGCGCUGCAGCCUGCGCGCCGAGGAGCGCCGCUUCCUGGAGGAGCUGCGGCGCCGCAGCCACCGCGCCACCGUGCUGGGCACCGAGCUGCAGAAGCACACCGAGGCGGCCGCCUACCUCUCCUGCCAGCUGCACGCCGCGCGCCACAGACUGCAGGCCCCGGCCGCCGCCGCCGAGCCCCGGCCCCGCCGCCGCCUACCGCGGGCCCGCCGCCCUCCCGACUCGGCCGCCAAGGGCCCCGGCCGGGACUGGGCCGCCGGCGCCCUGGACGACGCGGACCCCAUGCCGGACCCCGCGCUCUUCCUCUACCCCCGGAGGCCCCCGCGACCCGGUGGCCGCAGCCCGCGCCACCCGCCCCUCCAGGAGCCCCGGGACCAUGACGGCCCGCAGCCCGGGCCCUGCGGAAGCCCGUCCUCCGCGCCCCGAGCGCCUGGGCUCCCCGAGUAG